GCGUCACUUGGAGCGCCCCGGGCAUGCGCGUUUCCCCAGCCCGAUGGGAAGACGCUCUCGCGACCCGGAAGGCCUUCCCGCCGCUCUCCAAAGCCGGCGUGAGGGGGGCUGAUGGCGGAGGGAGCGGCGGAGGCCUCAGCAGAGAGUGGUGGCGGCGGCAGCGAUUCGGGAGCCAGCGCACCGGAACCGGGGGUGGCGCCCAUUAAAUCUCAAUAUCUCACCACCAAGGAGCAGUUCCACGAAUUCCUGGAAGCCAAGGGGCAGGAGAAGCCCAGCCAGGGAGUCGAGGCAGGAGACCCUGGUGGCAAUGACCUGGCCGAACCUGAGGCCAAGCGCAUCCGACUGGAGGAUGGGGAGGCGGGGGAGGCGGCAGAACCCGGGGACAAGCCAAAGGUUCAGAAGAGAGCCCGGGGCCAGAACAAAGGCCGGCCCCACAUGAAACCCACCCACUACGACAAGAAUAGGCUCUGCCCCUCCCUGGUCCAGGAAUCAGCAGCAAAGUGUUUGUUUGGUGACCGCUGCCGCUUCCUGCACGACGUGGGCCGCUACCUGGAGACCAAGCCUUCGGACCUGGGCCCCCGCUGUGUGCUUUUUGAGACCUUCGGCAGGUGCCCCUAUGGCGUGACCUGCCGCUUCGCCGGGGCCCAUUUGGGACCCGAAGGCCAGAACCUCGUGCGGGAAGAGCGGGUCCAGGUCCCGCCGGUCCGCAACGGCCUGGACAAGGCCCUGCAGCAGCAGCUGCGAAAGCGCAAGGUCCGCUUCGAGCGCGCCGAGCAGGCCCUCCACCAGCUGAGCAAGGGCCACCUGCCAGGCCCCUCCCCGGAGGCCGCGGUCCCCGACGUCUCGGGGGCUGAAGGUGCCCCUGGACAGGACAGCGGUGACACCCAGCAGGCCCUCCUGGAGCCAGACACUGAUGCCCCAGCCAGCGGCUCGGAGUGGACCUGUGGACCCCUGACAGAUGAGGAUAUAGUCCGGCUACGGCCUUGUGAGAAGAGAAAGCUGGACCUCAGCGGCAAGCUGUACCUGGCCCCCCUCACCACGUGUGGGAACCUGCCCUUCCGGCGGAUCUGCAAACGCUUCGGGGCUGACGUGACGUGUGGGGAGAUGGCUGUGUGCACCAACCUGCUGCAGGGCCAGACAUCUGAGUGGGCCCUGCUCAGACGCCACCCCUGUGAGGAUGUCUUUGGCGUGCAGCUUGAGGGCGCCUUCCCUGACACCAUGACCAAGUGCGCCGAGCUGCUCAACCGCACCGUGGACGUGGACUUCGUGGACAUCAACGUCGGGUGCCCCAUCGACCUCGUGUACAAGAAGGGCGGGGGCUGUGCCCUCAUGAACCGCACGGCCAAGUUCCAGCAGAUUGUCCGCGGCAUGAACCAGGUGCUGGACGUGCCGCUGACCGUGAAGAUCCGCACCGGCGUCCAGGAGCGCAUGAACCUGGCCCACCGCUUGCUCCCUGAGCUGCGGGACUGGGGCGCGGCCCUGGUCACGCCUGUCCCUCUUGAUGUCUCUGGGUCUCUCUCUCUGUGUCUGAUCCUCCGCCCCCGGACCGGCUCUCCCUCCCCGCGCAUGGCUUCUCCUUCAGCUCCACGGCCGCUCCCGGGAGCAGCGCUACACCAAGCUGGCCGACUGGGGGUACAUCGCGCAGUGUGUGACAGCAGCCAGCCCCAUGCCGCUGUUCGGUGGGUCCCCCGCCCCCGCCUGGGACCCUGCCCUCCCCGCGUGGGCAUUACUGGGCUGCCGGAAGCUCCCCCAGAGCUCCCGCCUGCCCCCGGCUCCCUGAGACCCCGCCUCUGUCCCUCAGGAAACGGGGACAUCUUGUCAUACGAGGAUGCCAACCGUGCCAUGCAGACUGGCGUCGCGGGGGUGAUGAUCGCUCGGGGUGCCCUGUUGAAGCCGUGGCUGUUCACGGAGAUCAAGGAGCAGCGGCACUGGGACAUCUCGUCGUCUGAGCGCAUGGCCAUCCUGCAGGACUUCACGCGUUACGGCCUGGAGCACUGGGGCUCGGACACGCAGGGCGUGGAGAAGACCCGCCGUUUCCUCCUCGAGUGGCUGUCCUUCCUGUGCCGGUACGUGCCCGUGGGCCUCCUGGAGCGGCUCCCACAGAGGAUCAACGAGCGGCCGCCCUACUACCUGGGCCGCGACUACCUGGAGACGCUCAUGGCCAGCCAGAAGGCAGCUGACUGGAUUCGGAUCAGUGAGAUGCUGCUGGGACCCGUGCCGCCCAACUUCGUCUUUCUGCCGAAGCAUAAGGCCAAUGCGUACAAGUAGCCACGGGCUGGGGAGGGCGUCGGAUGGCCCAGCGGGUCCCCCUGCUGCAUGAGAAGACAAUAAAUCUUAUUCUUUUAAAACCCAGGCCUUUCUGUGACCCCAAGGCUUCCCCGUCCCACUCUGGGGUUUUGUCUCAAUGCAGGGCUGACCCUCUCCCCAGCAUGCACUUGUCCUUUCUCAUUGACAAGAGUCUCCUAGUCGCCCCCAUGGGCCCAGCCCUGUGCUGGCCACCACGGCUCCCCAGAGCGGCUUUACCCACCAAGAAAGCGCUAGGCACUCACGAGGCAGGGGCCUUGGCCUACGCAGGUGUGGAUCAGGGCGGGCUACCUGG